AAAUGCGUAAAAACAUCUGUUAAACACUGUUGUUGAUGUUUUCCUUCCCACUGAAAGUCUGAAUCUGAAGUAGUAACUUGAGUCCUUGUCCCCAUAGGAAAAUCCCCGCAGAGACGUUAAUGGAGUGGUGAUCGUGUCAGACACUCAAUGAUUGCGAUGACGAUGUUGGAGGGAAUCGUAAAAGGCAUGGCAUCAGCUGGCCAUCUCCUUAAGGGUUUGCUGUUCGUCAGUUACAAGUGCGGAGCGGUUAUUGUGGCCGCCGUCGCUGCUACAGGACGACUCAUCGCUGCUGCAUUAAACUCCCUUGCCAGCCUUGUGGCAAUUCUCUUUGAGGACUUUUGCUUCUUUAGUGCUGACGUUCUCUCCAAGGCAGUAGAAGCGCUACAAGUGCUCUCUUACCUUGUGUCGGGACUCUUUGCCAACUUGAAGAAUGCAGUAUUUACUGUCAAAGAUGGGAUCGCAAGUGUCAUUCAAUCUAUGGCUGAUUCAGUUUUCUUCGUCUAUGAUUCCAUAGGGCAGAUCUGGGGUAUGCUGCUGAGCUUUGCAGAGUUCAUCAAAUGGAUCCUCAUGGUGAUUGGCCAGGGCUGCUGGUUCGCCGUGCAGCUGGUGCCCUUGUGCAUUGUCUACCUUGUGUACAGCUUCCUCAGCUUGGCCAUAAUGAUACUGACUGAAAUCGCUGAACAAACGCAGAUGGCUGGAACGUUCUGCCUCAAUCAAACCAGCUCUGCCGUGUCAUGGUGCUACCACUUUGUCACUGACUUCCCAGUCGAGUCCCUCAUGGGCCUCGUUUCUGCUUUCAUUUUAAGCUACUGGCUGCACAAGAGGAGAUCGUCCAUCGGAAGUACAAUCGUUCAGGCUGGACGCUGGACUGGAUACACUGCCAAGACUACAGCGAGGAAGAUGUGGUGCACCGUCAUGCAAUGCUUGCACAUGGGCCAGAGCAGUCGUACUUCAAUGCAACGACAUCGCUUGGAUGACAGUGAUGAUGAGGAUGUACCUCUGGCACUGCGCCUUCGAGCCAGAAAAAGCCUGCAAGAAGUCAACUUGAAGCGGCAGCUUUUGGUUGAGCAGGAAGAAAAACUGUGCGUUGUGUGUUUGGAACGAAACAAGUGCGUCAUUCUGAUGCCCUGUCGUCAUCUGUGCAUGUGCUUGGACUGCAGUGCCGUCCUUUCCAACACAACCAGCUCGUGUCCAAUCUGCAGGACGUAUUAUGAGAGAGCAGUGCCUGUCUACAUGUAGAAGAUCCUACUUAGUUGUAAAUUCAACGAGUUACCUAACAAAAAUUAACAAUUUACUGAGAGGCUCUAAAUUCUAUCACUGACUAGCUCUCCAACUGCUUGAUUAAGACAUUAAUUUAAGAGGUUUCAGCCAGCUGACAAUUGGUUUUCCUCUAGUGCUCAAACUCGAAUCUCUUCCAAUUAUUGUCAGAUGCGCAAAGAUCUCAAAACAAAAAUUUAAAGUUGUGAUGCUAAACGUAAUUAUAUUUUUCGUGGAAUGAAUUUAUUUGUGAGCUGCGCACAAUAUAGGUGGUCAAAUUAAAUAGUCUCUAGCACAGCCAUUUGACUGCAUUGAUACCAGUUAAUUGGCUUUAUUUCAUAUUUUUCAACAUGCUCUUACAGAUGUGUCAAAAAUUCUAUUUUGAGAUCAUAGAAGACUGUUGGCACGGUUGGCACCAAGUGCAAAUUUGCACAAUGUAAAUUUUGUAUAUUGUCAAGUACUAAUUUACUUCUAGGAAGCUUAAAAAUUGCUGAACCUUUCAGUACAAGUGUGCCUCUUGAAAUAUGUCUAUUCGUUUCAAACGAUCUCCAAAGUAAUAAAUUACAAAAAUUUACAUCCUUAAUUUUCUUUUGUUUUUGAUGCGAAAACAGUCGCUAAUUAAUAAACGCUUUAAUAGAUGCUAUUUA